CGCUGCCCGACCGGCCGGAGCGAUGCGCCCGGCGCUGGUGCUGCAGCUCCUGCUCUGGGGGCGGCUGGUGUGGGGGCGGCUCCGGCCGGGGCGCAUCCCUCGGCACAGCGUCUACUGGAACUCGAGCAACCCCAGGUUCCUGCAUGACGACUAUGCUGUCCAGGUCUCCAUCGAUGACUACCUGGACAUCUACUGCCCGCACUACGAGCACCCCGUGCCCACGGGCCAGGCCGAGACCUUCAGCCUGUACAUGGCGGACUCCGAGGGCUACCGGGGUUGCUACGAGACGCCUGGUACCUUCAAGCGCUGGGAAUGCAACCGGCCCCAUGCGCCCUUCGGGCCCGUCCUCUUCUCCGAGAAGAUCCAGCGCUUCACGCCCUUCUCGCUGGGCUUCGAGUUCCAGCCGGGGGAGACCUACUACUACAUCUCUGUCCCCACCCCAGAGAGCGCCGGGCGGUGCCUGAGGCUACGAGUGGUCGUCUGCUGCAAGGCAACAACAACAAAGCCUGUGACAGAAGUUCCCAAAUCUCAGCCCCGUGGGGGAGAGGGGUCAGAGGACACCGAGUCGCCGGGUCACAGCACCGCGCUGGCCACGCUCCGGCCCCACGGCCCCUGCCUCAGCCUCGCCCUCAUCCCCCUCCCCCUCCUGUGGCUCUGACCCCCCCUGCACUCUUGGGGGGCGGGGUCUCCUUGCUGCAAAGUUGGGGAUUUUUGGACUUUGUCCCCCCCAAACCCUCCAAGCAGCCGACCCCACGCCGUGGGUUGUGGGGCGGGCGCCUUCACCCCAGCUCAGUCCCCCGGCUCAGCUGCUCCACCUGCCGGUCCCCAGAGCGCCCAGGCCGAGGUGCCGGAGCCCAGGAUGUGCCGAUCCCAGAGAUGCCCCGUGCUGGCGUUCAGCUGGAGGAGGAGAGGCUGGCUGGGCGGGCCCUUCUCCGUCGUCCCCGCUGCUGCUGGUCAGACGCCCGCCUCCAUCCUGGCCUCAUUGGCACCUCCUGGUGGUCGGGGCUCUGUGCACCUAUGAAAUGGGCCUUUGCUUAUGGACGACUCCCAGAGACUCCAGCAGGAGGGACCCUGCCGGGGGGGCUGUCGCCAUGGGGGGGGGGGCCUCCUCCUCGCCUGGCACGUUCCCAAAGGCCCCAUGGGGAGUCGGAGGAUCCUGUUGGCUCUGGCCCUGCAGGGUGCGGCCCUGGACAGCACCCAAGAGUUGGGCCCCCCCUCCACUGGCAGGGCUGGACGCUCUCCCCCGGAGCCCCUCACGCCUCGGGCCCUGGUGCUGGGCGCCCUCGUGGUAAAGCCCCUCGCUCUGGCGAGGCUGAUCUGUCUUCCGUGAAGACGCCCCUCUGGGCCGUGUACAGUUCAUAUUUUUGUAUCUGUGUUAGCGACUGAGCCAACCAAUAAAGCGUUUGCAAGACG